AUGUCUGAAGCCAAGAUCCCCGCCCUCAAAUUCACUGACUUGCCUGCUGAGCUGGUCGUCUGUAUCAUCUUGUUGGCACAGACUGCAUGGCAGGAGGAGCAUUUUUCCGCACAAGCGCCGUAUGCUGAGGUGAAGCGCUAUGCAGUAACACAGCCAGCGCCUGCAUCAUCCAUCGUACCUCCAUGCUGCAGCGGCGUGCGGUGGGAUCUUACACGUCCCAGCUGCAUCAAGCUCUCCGGUCUUCCGUCUUGUCUGCCCUCGCCCGCGCAUAGCGUAUCGCAGGUCUCCAGAAGGCUGCGCGACAUACUUCUUGAGGAGAACUCCGCUAUCUGGCGUUUGGACAACGCGCUGUACCCGGCGAUUGCAAAGCGCUCUGGGGAACGUCGUACGAUAUCAAAUGGACGGACAACCAUCGAGUACAACGCCAACAGUCUUGUAGCCUUGGACGUUUGCACUUGCGUCCUACGCGGCCUUCGUUCGUUCUACUCUGGUCUCGAGCGCGUAAAGCUCAGGCUGCCCUGGUCCGGUGAUGGGACCGUGGAGUCCGAACUGCAGCAUUUCCUUUGGGCCAACAGGGGGGGCGCGGACGGCAGUCUGCGGCACAUGGACGUGGAGGCGCUAGAUGCCGACCCGCUGCGCGUUGCCUUUGGCCGACGUCGGCGUAUGGAAGCUAUUGAGAUCCCGGAACUCCUUACCAGCCGUCAAUCUGGCGGCAAUAGAUACCACUACUCGGAGACCCUCAUUGCCCUGUAUCUCCACCAAGGUCCCGAUGCUGACGUGGUUUUUGGGUUGUCUCUGUCGAUCGGUCUUUUCGCUUGCACUGGCACGAUCCAGUUCUUGACGAUCGAUAUCGCAGCAGGCUUUGUCGCGGAGAUUCAGGGCAGCCUGAUAUUCCCGAAGCUUCGCUACUUUCGCCUAUGCACUCAUCCGACGUCCGCGGCCAUCCUACUACGUUCGAUGGUUUUGCCUUACGCAAUCGACUUACAUCUCGAGCCUGUCGAUUCCUGGAGAGAGUUUUUCGAAGCAAAGCACCCGGGGGUCUACGAAGUGCCCUUUCGGUCGUCGCAACAUUCCCCCGCGCUCUUCCAAACCGCAGGACGGCGCCCGCAGGACUUUGCCCAGAGCCUCGCACGACCCCAUCAUACGUCGAGCAUCCACGGCGCCCCAGCUGUGAACUAUUCUUUCGUAGCUGGCGAUCCAGCUGACGCGCUUUGGCAACGUUCGACCGCGGUCAUGGGGCUAGACGUGCGCAUCGAUCCGGACACCAAGUCCCGCCAGCCAGCUGCCGCGCGAUUCCCAGAGCUUGUCAGCAUAACUCUGGCCGAGUCAGUAGGCGAACUCAGACCGGUCUUGGAGGACCCCGUUGGUCGAGAUGCAGGAAGGAGCCGGGAGUUGGCAGAUAAGGUCGCAGCUCGACGAUCUCUGACAUUCAGAGACGGAGAGUUCUUCGGCUCAAACCGCGCUCGACAUUUCAAUAGCCAGUAUCCGAAGGCCUUGUAUGACACGCUGCAAUACGCCCUGAGCGUUGUACUGGGUCCGUCGAGCAAUGGCCCGGCAUACUCGGCACAGGAGUUCGUCUUCGCCAAGGACAGUUGGCUUCCCGAUCGCUCUCUAGGAUACCAGCAUAUCCUGCAGCCAUUCACAGCUCUUCGAGCACUGCACUUCGAUAGUCCCGCGCUACCUGAGGGACUGAAGUUCAGGCAGAACAUGGAGGGGUGCUUUACUUCCGAGCAUAUGCACGCGCUCACGCUGUGUCUAAACAUACCGGGUGCCGGCGGCGUUUACAUUUGCCCACAGCUCCAGGCCGUUCACCUCCAAAUCCCGUCACGGCGUUUACUCAGCUGGGCUGGGUCCCCAGGUGAUUGGGACGCAGCGCUGAAUUCACCAGCGCGCUUGGCCUCUGGCGCUCGAAGGGUUGCUCUGUACACUAUCUAA